AGGGAAGGAGGAGCGACACACGGAGCCGCUCUGUUCUCAGCUCCUACUCCGCCACUCAGCGCUCUCCCAUCCACCGCCGAACCGCGCCGCUCGGCAGCCGACAGCACCUUCCAGCCUGAGCAAAACCGCAGGAGCCGAGCCGGAGGGGGAGACGCCGGGCGGAGAAUGGAAUGGAACCUCAGAAGGAUGGAGAGUGAACUGAAGCACAUCAACCCGGACCUGCUGCAGCCCAGCAAAAGCUUCAAGAAGCCAUCAUCAGGCACCAUCACCCUCAAUGUCGGCGGGUUCCUGUACACCGCCCACCGGACCACGCUCUCCAAACACCUGGGUUCCUUCCUGGAGGAGCUGGCCAAUGGGAAGAAGGCGGUGCAGCACACCGACUCCAUGGGCAACCCGUUCAUCGACAGGGACGGCCCCGUUUUCCGCCACGUGCUCAACUACCUGCGAACCGGAGAGCUGCAGCUGCCCGACGACUUCCGGGAGGCAGGGCUCCUGCGGCGCGAGGCGGACUUCUACCGCCUGGGCGAACUGGUGGAGGCGGUGAGCGAGUGGGAGAACCAGCGGGCCGCCCAGCGCGAACCCGCCUUCCUGGAGGUGACGGACAGCCACGAGAGGUCGCAGGGCCUGAAGGUGUACUGCAGCGACGCCGGCUUCAUCGACAAGGUCAAAGGGCGGCUGGUGCAGAUCUCCAAGAGCCGGCUCGACGGCUUCCCGGAGGAGUUCAUCGUGUCGUCAAACGUCAUCCAGUUCCGCCACUUCAUCAAGUCGGAGCCGGGCUCGCGGCUCGUCCUGAAGGAGGACAGCACCUUCCUGUGCACGCUGGACUGCCUCAAACUGGAAACGGUGAUGCUGGCGCUCAAGGCGGGCUUCAAGCUGGUCACUGCGCUAGACAGCAGCAAGGGCUCGGUAGUGGCAGCAGAGGCCCUGCACUUCGUCAAAUAGGAAGGAAGCAGGAUAGGCAGGAAGGGGUUAACAGCCACCAGGUACUGUAGGUGUUGUUCUGUGUAACGUGGUAGAAGACUGACGGAUUGAGUCGUAUGUAUUUACUGAACAGCAAGCAUACGCUGCAAAAACACCAUUUAAGUUUUUAAUUUAUUCUGAAGGGACGAUGCACAUUAAUUAACAUUUUGGUAAAUGUGCUGAAAUUAGCCAAAACGCUUUUUUCCAUCUGUUGUCCCUGGAAAGUGAGUAACUGGUCUAGCUAAAAAAGAAAAGUUAAAAUGACUUUAUACAAAUUUUGUCAAUAAAUAUAAAUAGUACACUGCAAAACCAUAAAGUUUUAAUUUUUUUAUGUACAUCAACGUUUUUGUAAGUGGGUCAGAAUUAGCCAAAACGCUAGUUUUUCCUAGAAAUCCAGUAACUUUUCUACCUAAAAACAAACAAUGAUACAAUUCAUUGACAAAAUUGUUCUAAUUUUGUCAAUGAAUACAAACAAGACUCUGCAUAAACAGAGAAUUUGAUUUUUUUUUUUUAUUUGUUAGGGAAACUUUACAUUAAUUAACAUUUUUGUGAAUGUGCCAGAAUUAGAAAAGCCAUUUUUUCCCUAGAAACUUAGUAAUUAGUAUAGCUAAUAACAAAGAGCCUGAAGCCUGAAAACAAGCUCAAAUUUCUGUCUUUUUUUGCAGUGUAAAUAAACUAACAAACACAGUCAUUAUAAAAAAAAGUAUACAAAGUAACUAAAACCAAAUUAAUCCUUCAUCUAGAUGGCAAAACAACACAUAGUGGGAUUAGGAGAAAGUACUUAAUAUUCAAAAUGUUGACAGAUCUGAGGUGUUAUGAACCAAUUCUUUAAAUAAAUUAUAAGUAGUAAGAACUUUGACUGUCUGAUUGACAACACAUUAUUAAGUACUUUUGUCUAGUUCUACUUCAAAUAUCUUAGUUCACCUGAAAUAAGACAAAACUAACUUACAAGUAACUUUUCAGCAAAAAAUAGGGGCUUAUUUCAAUCAAUCAACUUUAUUUUUGCACCGAUAGAUUUACAGUGGGGUGAGACACACACACAAGAAAUAUAAACAUAACAUGAUUAAAUGUGUUCAAUACUUCAUUAGGACCAGAUAAAAUAAGAAUAAUAUAAAAUCGAACUUUGGAAACUUCUAGCAACAAAAAUAAAACUGGUUUUAUUCUGCUUAGUUUUACAUUCGGAGAUUAAUUAUCUGCAUCCAGAUGUUUUAAGUCAUUAAUUCCUUAAUAUUGAUGGAAAAAGUGAUAGCAUGAAUGAAAAAGGUUUCAUUUGUAACAUGGGAGAAAUGUCUUGUUAUAAGUGAAAUCAUCUGCCAGUGGAACUAGAAUUUUUUCCAUUAAAGUCUUAUUAGCUUUAAUAUCUUGCUGAAAAGUUACUUGUAAUUGAGCUUAGUCUUAUUUUAAGAGUAGUAAUUUGUUUUCACUAAAAACUAGACAAAAACAGUUGGUGGUAUUUUAUGUUUUUGCAGUGUACAGUCUGGUAACAGCUUCUUUUGAUAUGGUAAUCUUAA